CGCGGUGGGCGAUCGCGCGCGGAAAAAGGCGCGAAUAUGCGUACCGCAAUUUUCACGCCGACGGAGGAUAAAAAGAGGGCCGGUUACUGCCGCAUAUAUGGACAGAGGAGGAAGUAGCGCGACGCCUCUCCGUCGUUGUGUCGUAGUGGCCGGUCGAAGGUUUCUCCGAUCUAACGGAUCGGAAUCGCUCGUGUGCAUGCGAACGUACACGCACGCAUGCACGUAUGGAAGAUCGUUCAACGCGAGCCGAUCCGGGGAGGCAGUUUUUCGUCCCAGUACUCCACUUACGACUGCUUACGACUCCGUCCACUUAAAUUGAGACUCGCCGUGCGCCGCCGCCGCGCUGCAAUGCUCGUCGUGCUUGAUGAUCAACGACGGCACACAUAUCGGCGCGGUUCUUGUGCUGAUCUGCGCGUGUAUGCGUAGGGCCACCUGGGCCACGCGUCCCUUGUGUACAGAAGGAUAAGCCGGGGAUAGGGUAUAAGCACAUUAUGUGUCCGGUGCGUGUCCCAGGAUAUGUCCGCCGAGCGGCGAGCCCAUUUGCGGCAGCGACGGUGUCAUAUACGCGUCGCAGUGUGAAAUGCGGAAGAAGAUGUGCGGAAAGGGCGUUACCGUGGCCACGGAGAAGACGGCUUGCCUGAGGUCAUCCGGUAGCAAGUGCGAGCAUCGCUGUCCGGGCGAUCAAGAUCCGGUAUGCGGCACCGAUGGGCGUACCUACCUGAACAAGUGCAUGCUCAGGGUGGAGAUCUGCCGGGUCGGAAUCGAGCUGUCUCAUCUCGGGCCUUGCAACAAUAUUUCGGCCCACAGGGAGAACUGUCCGGUCUCGUGCGAUUACGCGCCGCUUGACGGACCGGUUUGCGGAAGCGACGGAAACGUCUACAAGUCCACGUGUCAGAUGAAGCUGCUUACUUGCGGCCAAGGCGUCGUGCGUACGAACAAGAAGCACUGCCAGACCACAAGACAUUGUCGUGAAUCGUGUUGGCGUGGUGCUAAGCCUGCCUGCGGUAGCGACGGCAUUUUGUACUCGAACACCUGCAAAAUGCGGGCAAAGAAUUGCGGCAAGCACGUCUUCGAAGUACCAAUGUCGUUCUGUGUAUCUCGGGAACGGACAUCCGGAAGCAACGCGUGUCCCUUGGACUGCAAAAACGAGGCCGAAGUAUCGGUUUGCGGAUCGGACGGAAAUAUAUACAGGAACGAGUGUGAGAUGCAAAUGCUAAACUGCGGGCAACAUGCAAGAAGAAAGAUAACGGUAGUAGACUUUGAGAAGUGUCGAUCCCGGCUAACGAAAUGCAUGAAGCAGCAGCAGAGGUGCGGAAGCGAAGUGGAUCCGGUUUGCGGUAGCGACGCGAAUACUUAUCCAAAUCAGUGCCAUUUGAACGUAGCGGUUUGCCUAAAGGGCAUCCAAAUGGCUCAUGUUGGCGAGUGCACGACCUUGAAAGAGAUCGAACACUGCCCCGAAGACUGCGCCGAAGUACCCGAGGAACCAGUUUGUGGAAGCGAUGGCAACGUUUAUCGGUCCCUCUGCCAUCUGCAACGUGAGACUUGCGGCCAGAGGGUGGUUCAAGUUCCGGCACAACACUGUCGCACCACCGCGCUUUGCAACCAGAUUUGCAGUGGGGAACGUCAGUUUGUUUGCGGCUCCGAUAACAAGCUUUAUCGUAACGAGUGCGAGAUGAAGAGGGACAAUUGCGGGAAACACGUAUACGUCGUACCUAUGAAGAGGUGUGUUCAGGGUUUCCUGUUUCGCGGCUGCCAGAAGAUCUGUCCGCCUUAUUACGACCCGGUUUGCGGCACCGACGGCAUGACGUACAGCAACGAGUGUUUCCUGGAGAUCGAAAACUGCCGUAGCAGGAGUCUCGUCACGAAAAAGUAUCACGGAGUGUGCGGACAGCCGACGGAGGAGCCGAAAAAUUAUCUCUAUUAAGCUCGACCGAGCUGGCACGGUGAUACGAGAGAAAAAGAGAGAGAGAGAGAAAGAGAGAGAGAAAAAAGAAGAAGGAAAUCGAUCGACGAGAUAAUUUGACUCGUAUCUCCCGGGGAAGAUUUGAGAAGCGACAAUUACCGUACAUUGAUUCGUCAAGUGUCACGAGUCCUGUAGCAUUUAAGUUCGCUCGGCUCAUAUUAACCAGCUGUAAAUUCGAUCCGUUCCGAUCGAUCGAGUACUCGAGCUGUAUACGAGCGUAAAACGUUCGCGACUCUAGACGGACGAGCGCGGCGUGACAGAGAGAAAUCGUUCACGACGUUCACGUGGAUUUCGGAUAUUCGAUCGUCCCCCGAUUUGAAACGCGCUGAUUUUCCACGGGGGAGAAAAAAAACGAGCAUCUUGCCAGUCGCAGUCCGGAUUGUUAUCGUAUUGUUACUGCUAUAUUUCUACGAUAAUAGUACCGCGAUUGCCGAUCCCUUCUCGGACAGCCGCGCGGACGUUCGCGAAUUCUCACCCGCACGCAGCGAAAUUAUGAUUCGCAAAAACUGUUAUAUUGUGCACGACAGGUGACAAAUCAUAUCGUCCAGAUUACUCUAAGAAACUAUCUUUCUUUUCUUUUUCUUCUUUAAUCGGGAAAGGGUCGCCAGUCGCGUAUGGAUAUAGUCCUUUCUUCGCACUUGACGGUAUAGACUCAUUAUUAUUUAUUAUAGCCUUAAUCAUUGCAUACGACGCGCGAUUCCGUCUCUCUAUUUUUAUUUUAUUUUAUUUUUUUUUUACGAUACGCCCGUCGUUUUAAUUAUGACUACGUCAGGACGUAUAUUCUUAUUUUAGGGGAAUAUUUGUGCUAUUACAUCUCCCUCCCGACAUGUGAUGUGUUUGUUUAUUAUUAUAAUUAUUAUCACUGCAAUCUUAAUUUAUUAUCGAGUAUGCGAGAAUCCUUCUUUUGUAUCGACACUAACACUGUAUACGCUUUCCAAUGUCAAUAAUAAAUCAUAUAUGUAUAUUUUAA